AUGGGCGUGAUGGCUUGCAGGACAAAUGACAAGAAAAGACGAGGCAAUGUUCCGUAUUUCAGUGGAGCAUCCGGCGCUGUCAAUAUCAUCAGCUUCGCACCUAGUUCCCUCAGGAAAGCUAGCGGCGGACAUAAUCUCGUUAGCAGCGAUGAGGUUCCUGAGGCUGGAGGCGGCCUAGUAAAUGAGACGACCAGGAGCAUCACCGCAGAAUCGGCUGGAGGAAACUUCUGCCCAAGCUUCGAGCAUUGCGUCUUGCUUUUAGCGGUGGGGGGUUGGUCAAAUCGAGCUGUCGGUUGCAGAUGA